UUUUCUUAUUAUUAGGGGGGGAAAAAGCAACUCGGCUGGAAACCUAGGCGAAGACACCACCGUUUCGUUCCUCUCUCUCUCUCGAUUUUACGCCUCAGCUCGAAUUCGCUUUCCGUGUAACGAAUAACGAUGGGUCACAGUAAGACGAGACGAUUCAAAACCAGCCACUCCAAUCGCGGGCAGACCAGUAGAUGCGAUCAGCUUACACGUGAAGAUGAGUCUCUCCCGUCUGGUCAAGGAACUGAAGAAGAGCCUACAGCUCCAAAAAUUCAGCUCGCAAUGUGGGAUUUUGGACAAUGUGAUGCAAAAAGGUGCACGGGACGCAAACUUUCAAGAUUCGGCAUGUUGAAAGAAUUGCGGGUGAAUAAUGGUUUUGGCGGCAUUGUUUUAAGCCCUGUUGGGAGUCAAUGUGUCUCUAAAGAAGAUCAUAGCUUGAUGAAGAGAAAAGGAUUAGCUGUAGUGGACUGUUCAUGGGCACGCCUGGACGAUGUACCAUUUGUGAAGCUGCGUUGUGCUGCUCCUCGCUUGUUGCCAUGGCUGGUAGCAGCAAAUCCAGUAAAAUAUGGCCGGCCUUGUGAGCUAUCUUGUGUAGAGGCUCUUUCUGCAGCUUUACUGAUAUGUGGGGAGGAGGAAACUGCAAACAUGCUGCUAGGCAAGUUCAAGUGGGGUCAUGCUUUUCUGUCCCUUAACGGGGAUCUUCUAAAGGCAUAUUCUCAGUGUGAAAGCAGUGCUGAUGUCAUUUCCUUCCAAAAUAAUUGGCUUUCUCAACAAAGUCAGGUUCCAAAGGCUCUCGCAGACAUUAAAGAAGUGGACGCUACAGAGAAUCAGGAUUCUGAUGGUGAUUCUGACGAUGGUCUUCCACCCCUUGAAAGGAAUACAAAUCAUUUGAACCUGCAAGACAGGGAAGUAGACACCAGUGAGGGUUCUGAUGAUGAUUCUGAAGAUGGUCUUCCACCACUCGAAAGGAAUAUGAAUCAUUUGAACUUGCAUGAAAGUGAUGAAGAAAGCGAGUAGACUAGAUAUAUAUUCAAUUACUUGGCAAUACAAGAUGAAGGAAUCAGCGCCCCGACCAGACCCAAGUUCUUAAGAGAUGGCUGGUAGAUAACAUCUCAAUUCCUACUACCUUAUGUUUUGGCUCAGAGCAUGUAUUAGUUAAUACACUUUUUUGCUUGCUAUUUUCGUGCUUUUGCAGAUGAAUAGAUGAUAAGAGGUUUUUGUUGUUUGAAUGUAGAAAUACUCGCACACGGGCCAUUGCAUGCUAGGCUCCACCAAAAAGGCAAAAUUCAUAUUUUUUUUUUAAUUUCGAACAAAACUA